GGAGAACCGGAAGUGUCGAUCAUAAGAGCUUGCGAUGGCGAGAGCCUCCGCGGUGGCGGGAAGACGGCCGCUGCGGGAGCAGGACAACGGGUCUCUGGAGAUAACACAGAGUAUGGAUGAUGACCCUCUUCUUGAUGCACCCCUCCUUCCACCACAGGCAUUGCAUUCCAGGUUGCAUCCAAGCUUCCACACUAUCCCUACGGUCUGCUUUGCAAAUGUUUUGUUGCUUCUGCAUGUCACUUUUGUUGUUUUGGCUUUUGUGGCUGGGGUGUGUUGCUCUUAUUCUGAUUCAAGUGAAGAUGUGUGUCCUGGAAAUUACACAUAUCCAUUUAAAGUGCAAACUGUUACCAUCAUUGCCAAGGUAAUUCUCUGGAUCCUGCAUGUGUUACUUGAACGGUAUGUUCACUUCCACCACAGCAAGGUCAGAAGGAAAGGCUACCUGUUGAUCUACCGGACCACAAGACAUCUCAAAAGGCUUCCACUACUAAUUCAGUCCACAGGCAAUGCUGCGUUACUGCUGAUACUGACAGCACAACAUUCCUUUCCCAAGCACAAUAAAAUAUAUCUCUGCUGCAUUCUCGGAAUCUUGACUGUGGAACUAAUAUGUUCAUUGAUAUGCCUGGUUGUCUACACAGUAAAGGUAAGCAAUUUUAACAGGGCAAAACCAAGACCUGAUGUAAUAGAAGAAGAGAAGAUAUAUGCUUAUCCUAAUCAUGUUACCUCAGAAAUUGGAUUCAGGGAUACCUCAAGCUUGGAAGAAAUAGUUGAAAAACAAGGUGAUGUGAUUGAAUACCUUCAACGGCACAAUGCCCUGCUCAGCAAGAGAUUGUUGGCAUUAACGUCCCAGCAGGCCAGUGCCUAGUGGCAGGAAGAAAACAGUAGGCUGAACUACAGAAUAAAAUGCUGGAGCAACCUAAAUUUUGACUCGUCCUGUGAAAGUAGAAAACGCAUCUUACGCAAGUUGAACUGCAAACCUCCAGUCCAAGAUUCUGAACAGCUCUCCGACCUCGCCUGGCACGGUGCUAAAAUGUCUGUUUUUAAGGGACAUUUAUUUUUAAAAGAGUGUUGAUGAUUCUUGAACUUCUCUUAUUGAAACUAUUGCAGAUUGCCAAAGAUCUUUAUAGUGGUUUGGGAUUCAGUCCUUUUCAAAACCUAAUAUGGAGUAAACAUCCUCAACUUCUGAAGGAUCAAAAUAUUAAUACCCUGUGCAUUUGUAUUGUAAUCAGUAUGGUCAUCAUAUAAAUGUCUAGCUAAAGAAUGAAGGGUUAUUAGUAUCUGUACUGCAGCUGAGGUGGGUGAAGCUACCGCGAUUUUUCCAUAGGAAGGGUUGCUGGGAAGUUGACCGAUGUCCUAAAAGUACAGUCUCCAUUGAAAGCUUGUUGAAUCCAGUGCAAGUGCAUUGAUGACAAAGUUGCAUUGUAAAUUCAGUGGCUGAACCAAAGGGGAAUAUAAGCAACACCUUACACCAGCCUUCCCCAAAGUGGUGCCCGCCAGAUGUUUUGGAGUACAACUCCCAAGAUUCUUGAUGUCUUUCCAUGAGGCCUGGGACUGAUGGGAGUUCAAGUCCAAAUCAUCUGGAGGGCACUAGGUUCGUGAAGGCUGCCCUAUGCAAGUGGGAAAGAAGAUGUAUAGAACUGAAGGAUUCAGCGAGCUGAAGACAGUUGUGUAGACCUAACACAUUACAGUAGUGUGUAACACAAGUACACAAAGAUGAGACUGACAACCUGAAAAUGCAGUUCUGGCUUGUUCACACAUGCAAGUGCCAGCAUUCUAUGGUCCAGGACUAUUGUGACAUAUUGAAGAUAUCAGUGCUGGUUUCUCAUUGCCUCCAGCUUUUUUAACAAAUUGAUUAUGCAUUUUUGCAUAUCUUGCUAGUAGGAGAUAAAUGAGCAUAAUUAAGGGAAAGUGCAUGUGUAUAUACUUAAGCAUGUAUACAUUAACAAUCUGCAGGUAAAGUAUUUGCAUCCUAAGUGAUUGUGCUUUCGUUAGGAAAUUUCAGUGAACUUCUGCUUAUACUGUGAACAAGCUACUAGUGUGUGUCCUGUUUGAAUAUCCUUAAAUUCUUCUCCAGAAAAACUACUUCUGAUAAUAACUUUUUAAAUUGCUCAUUUGGUAUGUACACAAAUAUAGAAGACACAAAAACUUGUUCAUAUCCAUUUCCACAUCUGGAACUUUGGAAAUGGGUUAAAUUAAACUUUAAAAGAAAAGCCUUUUUCUUCCCCCAGUUUGAACCUGCCACAAUUACUGCUGCAGAUACUUUAGGUAUAUUGGGUAGAAUCUAAUUCCAUCUACUGACAGUGGCUUCUGUUAGUGGAACUGGAGCUGUUCAGUUCCCACCCACCCAACUCAGCGGAAUCCUCCAGAGCAGAUUUUUGAGGGGAGCAGAAAGGAGGAGGAAAUCCCAUUGUACUAGCUGAAAUGUGCUCAUAAUACAUAUGACAUUAGAUUUCACCCUUUGGUGGUUCAUCUUUGAAAAUGUCAGUGUGUCUCCCCUCGCCCCCAAGCCACAACCUUCACUUUGUUUAUAGCUUCAAGUCUGCUUUGACUGUAUGGUCAUCAGAUACUACUGAACUUGUAGACCAUCGCUGUUGGGAGACAUUCUGCUUUUUAAGUUCCUCAUCCAGCUACAAACAGUUGUCAGUUGUCUACUAUGUCUCUUUGUUGCCAACAAAGGCUGCUUUUUGUUACGAAUUUCCUAGUCAUUAUUUUAGCAGAGGGACAAACAUUUAAACAAGUGGGGAUUCUCUGAAUAUGUGCUGUGACCUUGUUUAGGAAGAACAAAAGGAAACCACCCUGUUACACUUGUUGUGAAUUGACCGUUCAUCCACUGCUCAGUGAAAUAUGUAUAUAUAUAUAGUAUUGUGUAAGGGACAGGAUAAGAAUAUUGGAACUGGCCACAGCUAACACUAAUAGUUGUUGUUUUUAGCUGUACUUUAAACACAGCUGGGAUUUUAUGUGGAAGCCGAGGAAGGAGUAUGUAUAACUUUCCUUUUAAAGGACACUCAGGUUUUGAUGUGAUUUGUAUGUAACUCGUUCUAUAUUUUUGUACUAAAUGUGGUGAAAUAAUAAAAUGCAACAAACCCCAGUGCUAAAUCUGUUACAAAUGAAAGAUAAA